AUGAGGAAGAAACGGGGCAAACGAGUCGGUGACGUUGGAAAAGCUCCAAGCAGGCGUUUUUUUUCUUUUGGGGGAGAUACUUCUGUACCUCGCCAUAAGUUCCUCCCCAAGCCCCCCUACUCAUUUAUUAUAGUUAAUGUUAGUCAUGGGAUAGAUAAUGGUAUCUGCCCUGUAAAGACUAUCCCAUGUGAAUACUUCUUUAUAAUUGCUCCAAAGUUGUACCAAGCCAGAGCAGCCUCUUUACAAAAGGAUGCAGAUUUACAAUGGAUCCAGUUCGUGCUUACACAUCCAGACUUAAAUAUACAGAACGUCCUUGUAUCAGAGGAUGGGAGUGCCCAGGGCUUAAUUGAUUGGGGCGGUGUCGCGGCGGUUCCCCGCCUUGUGGGUCGAGAUUGGGAUCCGGCGAUAUAUGUAUGGAAUAAGGAGAUGGAAGAAGGCAUUGAACGAGAUACGUUAGGAGAAGACUCUCCAGAAACACUUUGCCUGCAGCGGUAUCUAUCUCUACAGCGGCAUUCCCUCUUUCUAUGCACUUCUACGGCUCAAGAAUCAUCUGUAACACUAAAAUCACUCUUUGUCGAGAACCUGCUUAUUGUAGCCGAGAACUCAUUAUGCAGAUAUGAGAUUAUCACCAAAUUUGUUGAGAAGAUUGUUGAGUUGGCGCGAGUGAAGUCUCCAGAUCAUAUUAGCAAUAAAUACGGGGACCUGAAGCUAUUUGAGAUAACCGAUAUUCUGGAAGACGGUGACAUGGAACUGGAAAUGCUGGAGUUUCUGAGAAUCGGUUUUAACAGUCUGCUGGAUCAAAGCUCGGUCCGUAUUAUCUUUCCACCGGAAAAUAGUAUAGUUUUUGUAGAUCUUAUCCUAUAUAUCCUUUACCAACAUCACCCAAUAAUAUCUCACCAGAUGAUAUAUUGUGAAUGGUGUGUAGGUAGAGUCGGCAACUAUUCCCUAUAUCUAUAUAAGGGUUGUAUCCAUAUUGCCCUUUCAACUUAG